AUGCCCCUAUCUAUCUGUCAGAAGCUAAAUGUUGGAGAGCUUAAACCAACAACUAUUUCUUUGCAACUAGCAAAUAGAUCUAUGAAGUAUCCAAUAGGAAUUCUGGAGAACAUCCCUAUAAAGGUUGGUAAAUUCUUUAUACCAGUAGACUUUAUUGUUCUGAAAAUGAAGGAGGAUAUUCAAAUUCCUAUAAUCUUGGGAAGACCUUUCUUAGUAACUACCAGAGUAACUAUAUAUGUUAAAAAUGGGUGGUUGACUUUCAAAGUGGGAGAAGAGGAAGUAGAGUUAAACUUGUUUCAUGCCAUGAAACCAAAGCCAGACAUGGAUAAGUGCUUAAGAGUUGACAUAAUUGAUAUGCUAGUUGAAGAGGAGUUCAACAAGAGAUAUCCAAAGGAUCCUCACUUGUGUUGUGCACAUCGAUACUACAAAAAAUGA